AUGGAUCUUGAGAAUGGCAACUCAUCAUUUGUUGCUAAAAAAGGGCAUUUUGUUGUCUACACUGUAGAUUGGAAGCGUUUUACUAUACCAUUAGAGUAUCUUAGCAAUGAAAUCUUUCGCGAGCUCUUCAAGAUGUCUGAAGAGGAGUUUGGAGUAUCAAGUGACAUGCCUAUAAGGUUUCCAUGUGAGUCAGCAUACAUGGACUACAUUUUAGCACUCAUCCGACGAGGCAUAGCCAAAGAUUUUGAGAAAGUUGUGAUCAAUUCCAUUACCACUGGGCAGUACUGCUCAAUAUCUGCUUCUUCAGAUGAUGGACAUGCUUGUGCGACAUGCUUAUCUUGGAAACUUUGUCUAAACUCUGAGUUUCAAAGACAAAAACAAACAAGAAAGGUAAAAGGAAAAGGUCAGGCAUAG